AAUUAUUGCUCUAUUGUCCAGUCAAGCCAUGCAUUUCAGCUGUCACCGUCCAUGCAUGUCUACGUUACCGUCUGGGGAAAUAAUUGUCUACCGGCAUAGGGCAACCGAGUUCGAGAAGCUGGGCGAGUUCCUCGAUCCGAAGUCAGUGCGCCGUGUAGCGAUCAUCGCCAUGGCUUUCCUCGGCUGGGGCAUCCUUGUAAGGCGCCCCGGCGUGCUCUUCGCCCGAGCAAGGGCUUUCCACUCGUCUCGCCCUGCCGCAUUGCAGUCAGAGCUUCGAGUUCUCGCAGCGGAAUCGCCAGACGCAAAGCCGGCACUCAUCUUGCAAUGUAGUACACGACAAUACAUAUUCAACUGCGGCGAAGGUACUUCACGUUCAACAGUGGGGAAAACAAUUAGCUUGACGACGGCGAAUAAUCUCUUUUUCACCCACGCAGGAUGGGACCGAGUGGGAGGAUUACCCGGGUUCCUGAUGACCAUUACAGAGGCAGGAAAUAAGGAGAUUACCUUGCACGGCCCCAAAAAUCUGACGCACGUCCUGGCAGCAACUCGCGGAUUCGUUUUCAGGACGGGUUCGAACGUGCAGGUCAAUGAAUACAAUGAUGACCAACCAGAGCCGUUUUCGGACCAAUUUGUCAAGAUUACGCCCGUGGUUAUCCACCCUGAAAAUGACGGAGCAAGUACAGGGUCUCACGAUUGUUCCGCCGGUACGUCACGCAGGCUUAGGGUGAACGCGACGGAGGUCGUGCGGAAUAUGUUCCCCCCGAGUAAGAUAUGGGUGGAAAAGGGACCCGAUGUAGAUCCAACUUACAAAGGCAACACACGGAAUCGAGAUCUUGAACAAACGUCAAAAGAUCAUUCCCGUGUUGCGUAUGUCAUUGAACACCAUGAUAUACCGGGCAAGUUUGACGGAGAGUUGGCCGAUAGCUUGGGUGUGCCAGGCAAAAUUCGCAGAGACCUGUUACGGGGAGAAAGUAUCACAUUCAUCAGCACGGUUACAAACGAAUCUGUUACGGUGCAUCCACACCAGGUCGUGGGACCCCCGCGCAAGGGUCAAAUUAUUGUGAUUCUUGACGUCCCUUCGAUCAAGUACUUUUCCUCGCUGAUGUCUAGUCCCGAGCUUGCUUCACUGAAGGAGAAGAAAGAGAACGUUGCAUGCGUUGUGCAUCUUUUGGGCUCAAAAGAAGUUUUGACAAAUCCCGAGUAUAUUGCUUGGGUCCGCAACACCUAUGGGCCGGAGACUCAGCACCUCGUUUCCUGCCCCGACUACCCCACCAACUGCGUCAACUUUUUCGCAGCGACAGCGGCUUCGGUGAGGAAUUCUGUAAUCGACCAGAAUAUUUUCCCUGUGCCGUGGUAUGACGAUACUCCACCAAAGCCCAUCUCUUGGGAAGGCUGUAAAACGGAAACUUUAGUGUCUGACCAAGUCUACCGUAUUUAUCCCAUACCCGAAUGGGACUUCAACAAAUAUCCCUAUUUCCGACGCAUUCCACCGCGGGGACGUCAGGGCAACCUUGAGAAGGCCCGAAGGCUGUACGAAGACUUGGUCGCCAGGGAACAAACCCGAAUGCAAGCCGACCAUGACAAGGAGCCCGGCACGGAUGUCGAAAUUGUCACUCUUGGUACAGGAAGUCAAAAGCCGGCGUUAACUCGAAACGUAUCAGCUACUUUGAUCACGAGCGAGCAGGGCAAUUACUUGCUUGAUUGUGGCGAGGGAACCCUGGGUCAGCUUACGCGUUUAUACGGACCUGAAGAACUCCGGAAAAUCCUACGUGAGCUACGAUUUAUUUUUAUAUCCCACGAACACGGCGACCACCAGCUUGGUUUGAUCGGUCUGCUGAGGGCGGUCCACGCUGUCAAGGACCGCAACGAUCCUAAUCGGCUGCUGUUGAUUACUCCACCACAGCAUCUCCGGUGGCUCCGCGAGAUUUCACAAGUUAGCGAAUUUGGACUGAGCAGGUUCGACUUGGCAACGUGUCAUGAGUUUUUACCGAAUGAAACAUCUAAACCUAAGUCGUUCAGUGGUACAAAAGCUCUUGCACUGGUUGAGACCUGCUAUGCACGGCACUCCUAUUCGUCGUUCUGUAUCGCUUUGACGCAUCCUUCUGGGUGGAAGAUUGCGUAUUCUGGCGAUACACGUCCUUCAGACAACCUUGUUAGAAUCGGACGGAAUGCGACAGUCCUACUCCAUGAGGCAACAUUUGAUGACUCCAGAAAGGCGGAGGCCGCCAUGAAGAAGCACUCAACGACGUCAGAGGCCAUCAUGGUUGGCAAGGACAUGAAUGCCCGGUUUACCAUUCUCACGCAUUUCUCGCAACGCUACCCGAUAUUUCCGCAGUCUACCAAGUUAGCGAAUGUGGGCAUUGCGCAUGAUCUAAUGAAGGUCAGGUUGACAGAGCUUUGGAAACUGCCGCACGUUGGAAGAGCUAUGAUGAAGCUUGGGUUUGUGUCACCGCACGAGGAAGGAGAAGAAGAGGAAGCCAGAAAAGCCUUUGCGGAGGAGGCAAGAGACUAAAUAGGAAGAUGAAACUCCCCACCGUCAACGCAUCUUGAGCAGAACGCUUCGAUGAUGCAAUACCGCUAUUGCAAUGGGCCGAGGCAACAGUAAAAUUCAGCCGCCAUCAAACGCUCAGACGUGAUGCCAGCUCUUGCAAAAAUAGACGAGGGUUAAAAAUACACUGGACUCGAACGCUCCUUCUCAGAUGGAACCUUAUUCUUUCGCAAGGCCGGCCUUUUGCGUAGGC